AUGCUGUGCCAAUCAGACCUCCAACACUUGGGAAACGAUUUCAAAGUCGCUGCAACUAUUUUUCAAACGCUUAUACAGAGCGCUGGCGUUGUCCGAGUCAUCGUUGACGGAUUAGAUGAGAUUGAACUUGUACAGCGCUCAAGACUGAUCAAGGAACUCGUGAGACUAAGCGGUGAAUGUGACGAGUGUCACAUCCUGUUAACUAGCCGUGCUGAGAGCGAUAUCUCUCGUGAUUUGGACGACAGGACUACAGAUUUACAGGUUGACAAGAAUAACGCUGGUAGUAUCCAGACUUUUAUCGACCAAACUAUAAGAGAAUGGUUCGAAGAGAGGGAUUUCAUCCCAGAAGUUCAACACCAGAUCCGAGGAUGGGCUGCAUCGCUAGCAUCACGAGCCAAAGCUAUGGUAGGGUACUACAGCAGAUUAAUGCAUCUCAAGAUCCCCAAAGAACCAGGCUUGCUCGCUCGAUACUUGGCUGGGUUGGAUGUGCCCCAUCACCGAUGA